GAAAGAUUGAUUUGAAGGGAUUAGAAGAAUGUCCAAAGGGACAAGUACCUAUUCAUAAACCAAAAACCAAUAAUCUUAUUCAUCCCCAACAAAUUCCAAAAGCAGGCCGUCUCCUGAAACAAACUCGCAGUCACAGGGUUAAAAAGAAGAAAAAGAACAAUCGACCUAAAAAAGAUAAAAAAAAACUUAUCUCUUCUUCUGCAUUGUUGUCGCAAAAAAAUAGGAAACCUAUCCACCGGCCAAAAUUAUUUACAGAGACUCAUCUACAUUAUGCAAUUGUUAGGACAUUUGAAAAUACGACAAAAAAAUGGCGUGGAGCACAAGCAUUGUUCAGUAUUAACAAGCCCCGAGUGGUGCAAAAUCAAUUUAGUAAGGCUUGGAUUUGGCUUAAUUACAUACAAGGAAGCGUAAUGAGCAGCAUCCAGUUUGGUUGGGCUGUACAUACGAAUUUAUAUCCAGACGAUCGUCCAAGACUAACCACGUUUUGGAUGUCAGAUAACCAUCAAAAAGGAUGUUACAAUGCGUUAUGUCCAGGAGGUUAUGUUCAAGUUCAUAAAUCAAUCUACCCCGGUUUGGUUUAUGAUAAAGUCAAUGUUCCAGGAGGAAAACAAAACACUGUCCAUCUUUCUGUUGCUGAGGAUCCAGUGACCAAAAAUUGGGUAUUGACGAUAGGAUCCAUAAUGAUAGGGUAUUGGCCACGUCAAAGUCACAUGGCAGAAGGAGCUUCUGAAGUAUAUUUCGGUGGAUUUGCAGGAAUCAGUGAUUUGUCUCGACCCACGACAAGCCCACCUAUGGGAACUGGAGAUUUUCCGACAAAAGAUUUGAGUCGGUCUUGUUUCAUGAAACAACUUAAAUAUGUUCUUUCGGAUUAUACGGUUGUGGAUAUCAAUCCCAACGAGGUAGAAGAUUAUGUGGAUAAUCGUAAGUGUUAUGGUUUAAUGUUUCAUAAGUAUGUAGAUUAUGAUUCCAGAGAGACUCUUACGUUUGGAGGACCUGGUGGACAAUGUUGAUACGGUUGUUUUCAAUUUGUUUGAAAUAUAUAUAUGUUUUCUUCGGUAGGUUAUAUGUGUGUUUAAUUUUAAUAAUUAACUUAGAUCAUU